GUGGCAGAUUACCAUUUUUAUUGGCAAUAUCCAAAAUAUUAGGAAAAAGAAAAAAAAAAUUCAAAAACCCAACAUUUAUGGAAUUUCUAAUCCCAAGAUUGGCUUCUCCUGUCUCUCACAACCCUUCUUCUGGACUCUCUUAAUAAGCAAAUGUCUGUAUUCUACUUCCAUAUCCAUUCAGAUCUGCUCCAUUGUACCCUCAUUUGGGAAAAGACUCCUUUUCCACUAAAGCAUUGUUUCAGAGAUUUUUGAGACAGAGAAAAAAAAAAAAAAAAAAAAAAGCAGAGAAAAGUGAGGCUGGAAAUGAUGGUGAGUCAGUAAAAGAAACUGAGAUAGGAAUGAUGGAGAGGUUCAGUGAAAUUUUUUUCUUUUCAUUUCUGGCAACAUUUUGAAAGAUACGGAAGCUGAAUGAUCUUCUCUAACCAAAGAAAGAAAGCGAAGUCUCAGCCUUUCCCUGGCUACUCAUUAUUUGGGACAAAUAGAAGAUAGGAAAAGUGCUCUUUUUUGAAGGAAGAGGAGGGCCAUGGUGGACGAUUUAAUACCCAGUCAGCGAACUUGAAGACUUAGUACAGAUUACAGAUACAGAGAGAGAGAGAAAGAGAGAGAGAGAAUCUUGGGCUUUAAAAGGGGUGGUAUGGGGGGUUUUCAGAAGAUGAAAAAACAGUGAUAUUUUCUUUUAAUGGGAGAAGAGAGAGAGAGAGAGAGAGAGAGUGGAAGGGUGGGUGCUAGAGAAGCAUAAUACUCAAAAGGGGGUUUGACAGUGAAGCAUAAAAUACUGAAAGAGAUUCACGGGAUUGUCAGUGGGUAGCUUUCAUUUUUAGUACACGUUGCUCCAGAAAGUGAGAGAGAGAGUUUAUUAGAAAAAAAGGGAAAAAAAAAAAAAAGUAGAAAUUCUAGAGCUUUUUGCUGGAGUGGAGGCUUACGAAGGCCAAGUCAUUGAAGGAAGUGGAGGGGUGCGUACUCGGCGCUUUUUUUGAAUUUUAGAAGGUUGGUUCUGAGUGUGAGGACUAAGUCUUUGGCUAUUCUCUCUCUCUCUCUCUCUAUAGAUUGUAAGCUCCAAAUUCUAGAGAGAGUAUGGGAAGGGCUACCAGAUGGUUCAAAGGUCUGUUGGGGAGGAAGAAAGAUAAGGUCGACAAUAUUCAAGUUGACAGUUCAAAUACGACGCCGCUUAAUGAUCGAAAGGAGAAGAAAAGGUGGAGUUUUGGCAAGUCAGCGAGGACUACGGGCACGGUUGGUCAUGUUUCAACCAAUAUUCCACCAAAUAUCAAUCCCUCCGACGCUGCUUGGCUCAGAUCCUAUCUUGCAGACUCAGAGAAGGAGCAAAACAAGCACGCAAUUGCCGUGGCUGCAGCCACGGCUGCUGCCGCCGAUGCUGCCGUGGCUGCUGCCCAGGCUGCAGUGGCGGUCGUGAGGCUCACCAGCCAAAGUGGUGGGCUCAUGUGUGGAAAGAGAGAUAGGUGGGCUGCUGUGAAGAUUCAGACUGUUUUCAGAGGCUAUUUGGCUCGAAAGGCACUUCGGGCUCUGAAAGGAUUGGUCAAGUUACAGGCUCUAGUUAGAGGCUUUUUAGUCCGGAAACGGACCGCCGCCACUCUUCAUAGUAUGCAAGCUCUUAUAAGAGCUCAAACUGCUGUGAGAUCUCAACGUGCUCGUCGUUCAUUCAACAAAGAGAACAGAUUGCUUCCUGAAAUUCAUGCUCGGAAAUCCAUUGAAAGGUUUGAUGAAACAAGGAGUGAAUUCCACAGCAAGAGACUAUCAACUAGUUACGAAGCAUCCUUUAAUGGAUUCGAUGAAAGCCCGAAAAUUGUUGAAAUCGAUACCUAUAAACCCAGAUCAAGAUCUCGGAGAUACAGCACUGCAUUGUCCGAAUGUGAUGAAGACUUGCCUUACCAAACCAUCUCAUCGCCUCUGCCUUGUCCUGUCCCGGCUCGAAUCUCUGUACCGGAUUGCCGCCAUGUACAAGAUUAUGAAUGGUAUUUCAAUAGCAAUGAAACUAAAUUCUCCACGGCUCAUAGCACUCCUAAGUUUUCAAAUUCUUUCUGGUCUAAUUCUCCAACUACACCAGCCAAGAGCGUUUGUGGAGACAGCUUCUUUAGGCCUUAUUCGAAUUUCCCCAACUACAUGGCCAACACUCAGUCUUUUAAGGCCAAGUUGAGGUCUUACAGUGCCCCAAAGCAAAGACCAGAAUCAGCGCAUAAGAAGAGGCUUUCACUGAAUGAAAUAAUGGCAGCAAGAAACAGCAUAAGCAGUGUUAGAAUGCAUAGGUCGACAUAUUCUCAAGUUCAAGAAGAAGCAUUGAACUAUUGAGAGAAAAUUUGUUGUUGAAGAAUCCUCUGUGUUUGGUUUU